ACAGCAGGUCAGACUCAAGUCUUGAUGACACAGAAAACGAGGGCACGAGCCCAGUUUCUCUUUCAUUUUGGGGAAGAUGGUCUUCUUUGAGAACGCAAACGAUUUUACAAGGAAAAUCAAGACGUUGGGGUAUAAUGGAAUGGCUACCUUACAUAUAAAAAUGAUUGGAGCGUUGGCAGGAUUCGUUAGAGUCAUCUUGACUCUAACUCGUCCCUUUUCAGAUAAAGUCCUCAAUUUUCUGUAUCGCAUCUGCAUGGGAAAGACUCCGCAGUUGCCAGCCAUUGAUGACAAAAUUCUCCUUAUGCCAGCCACAGAACUUGCUGAGAAAAUUAGGAAAAGACAGCUAACUUGUGAAGAAGUGAUGAAAGCUUACGUUAUGCGGAUCAAGCUAGUUCAACCAAUUAUCAACGCCGUCGUAGAUGAGCGAUACGUUGAGGCUCUGAACGAUGCCAUGGAAGUUGACCGCUUUCUGGCCAGCGGACAGAAGUCUGAGAAAGAUAUCGCACAAGACACUCCAUUGCUAGGGGUACCCUUCACCUGUAAAGAAGCCAUCGGUGUGAAAGGCUUGGCUCAGACUUGCGGUCAAGUUCGGGACAAAGACAGGAAAGCAGUCAAGGACUCGGAUACAGCUGCUUUGUACAGAAAAGCCGGUGCCAUACCAGUGACGGUAACUAACGUUCCAGAGUUAUGUAUGUGGUGGGAGAGUGCUAACCAUGUAUUCGGUAUGACUAAAAAUCCUUACGACAUCAGAAGAACAGUCGGAGGCAGCUCAGGUGGUGAAGGAGCUCUAAUUACAGCAGCAGGAGCAGCUAUGGGCAUUGGAAAUGACAUCGCUGGAAGUAUUCGUAUACCAUCCUCAUUCUGUGGCAUUUAUGGGCACAAGCCUUCAAGAGAUAUCAUUUCUAACAAAGGAACAUGGCCCGAAUCUGAUGAUGAAUACGAUGUAUUCGUCAGCACAGGUCCAAUGUGCCGAUAUGUGCAAGAUCUUUUGCUUCUUGUUAGGGUACUUUCUGAUAAUGAUCAAAGAUUGAAAUUGGAUGAAAAGGUGAAUUUUCGCAAUGUCAAAGUAUACUACAUGGAAGAAGUUCCCGGAUUUCUUCACUCUGCCAUUCCGCCAGUUAAAGCAGCCAUCAGAAAGGCUGCGAAACAUUUUGAGGAUGAAUAUGGAAUCACCGCCACUAAAGUCAACAUCGAAGAAUUAGCAUACGGCUUCAAUAUCUGGGAAAGCAAGUUACUGGAAUGUGGUGGCCCUUCAUUCGCCAGCAUGCUCGCUAGCGAAGAUAAAGGCGUCAAUCUAACCGUGGAACUUAUUAAAAGCCUCUUCUGCUGUUCAGACCACACCUGGCCUGCCAUUUACUUCGGAAUGGUCGACAUGCGAGAAAAAAAUAAGUACUACUACACGUGCCUGGAGAAAUACAACACUCUCAAGACGAAAUUUGAAGAACUUCUUCAGGGUGAUGUCAUCUUUUUGCUACCCACUCAUCCAGAACCGCCACCUCAUUACCUUCUUACCAUUCCUAAAUACCCAAACAUUGUAUACACCUGCAUUUUCAAUAUCUUAGGCUACCCAUCAUCACAAAUUCCAACAGGAUUACACGAGGGAGUACCCAUUGGUAUCCAAGCCAUCAGCAGACAAUUCCAAGAUCAUCUGACCCUUGCAGCAGCCCUAGAAUUAGAUAAUGUGUUCAAUGGAUGGAUAAGCCCUUGUCCCAUCAGUGUCCAAUAGCAUUACUUGUAAUAUAAUGCAUGUAUAAGAAGCACGGUUUCUGUUGAGUAAUUUGUUUGUUGAUAAAAUUCGUUAUUGACUAAAUAGGACUUGUUUCGUCGCAUUCACCGCAAAGCCAUCAUUUUUAUAUCAAUGCGGAACAACGAUGUGCUUUUCAGUUAUAUGUCAAAGAGAUUAACGAGUAUUAAUAAAAUUGUAUACCCUA